GCAAAGCACUCCCCCGACCAAGAACAAUUUGAAAACCCACCCCAUAAUAUUUAAAAUCUGGGACAAAGAACCGUCUGGACGGAACUGCUUCAAUUGCAAAACCUCAGCGCAGCCUCGGGAGCGCCCGGCGGGCCGGAGUCAGAGCAGCCCCUUUAAAAAAGCGGAGUACAGUAUUGGGAUUCUUGAAACCUGAAACCUAGAAACAGAAUCGAAGCGGAAACCAGAAGGAAAACCUUGAACUCCUCCAGACAAUUGCUUCCGGGGAGUUUCGGGAGAGCGUGGGGGAAUAAAGGGCCCGAGAGGAGGGCCCCUCGGAUGGCGCGUCCCUGAGGGUCCUGGCGAGUUCGAGGAGCGUGGGAAAGAGAGGACCCUACCCUCUCCCUGGGCUGCAGGUCAUGGCCACCGUGGAGCCGAAAGCCCUCGGCAUUGGCUUCAAGUGGCUCUCUUUGGCCACUUUUGUGCUCAUCUGCGCCGGGCACGGGGGACGCAGGGAGGAAGGGGGUCCCGCCUGCUACGGGGGAUUUGACCUGUACUUCAUUUUGGACAAAUCAGGAAGUGUGAUGCACCAUUGGAAUGAGAUCUACUACUUUGUGGAACAGUUGGCUCAUAAGUUCAUCAGCCCACAGCUAAGAAUGUCCUUUAUUGUCUUCUCUACUCAAGGAACAACCCUAAUGAAGCUAACAGAAGACAGAGAACAGAUUCGUCAAGGCCUUGAGGAAUUGCAGAAGGUCCUGCCAGGAGGAGAUACUUACAUGCAUGAAGGAUUUCAAAGGGCCAGCGAGCAGAUUUAUUAUGAAAACAGUCAAGGAUACAGGACAGCCAGCGUCAUCAUUGCUCUGACUGAUGGAGAACUCCAUGAAGAUCUCUUUUACUAUUCAGAGAGGGAGGCUAACAGAUCCCGAGACCUUGGUGCAAUCGUUUACUGUGUCGGGGUAAAGGAUUUCAACGAAACACAGCUGGCCCGGAUUGCGGACAGUAAGGAUCACGUGUUUCCUGUAAAUGAUGGCUUUCAGGCUCUGCAAGGCAUCAUCCACUCAAUUUUGAAGAAGUCCUGCAUUGAAAUUCUAGCAGCUGAACCAUCCACCAUAUGUGCAGGAGAAUCAUUUCAAGUAGUCGUGAGAGGAAAUGGCUUUCGACACGCUCGCAACGUGGACAGGGUGCUCUGCAGCUUCAAGAUCAACGAGUCGGUCACGCUCAAUGAGAAGCCCUUUGCUGUGGAAGAUACUUAUUUGCUGUGCCCAGCACCCAUCUUAAAAGAAGUUGGCAUGAAAGCCGCACUCCAGGUCAGCAUGAACGAUGGCCUGUCUUUCAUCUCCAGUUCUGUCAUCAUCACCACCACACACUGUUCCGAUGGCUCCAUCCUGGCGAUCGCCCUGCUGAUCCUGUUCCUGCUCCUGGCCCUGGCUCUCCUCUGGUGGUUCUGGCCCCUCUGCUGCACCGUGAUUAUCAAGGAGAUGCCUCCACCUCCUGCUGAGGAAAGUGAGGAGGAAGAUGAUGAUGGUCUGCCUAAGAAAAAGUGGCCUACGGUGGAUGCCUCUUAUUAUGGUGGGCGAGGUGUUGGAGGCAUUAAAAGGAUGGAGGUCCGUUGGGGAGAAAAGGGCUCCACAGAAGAAGGUGCUAAGUUGGAAAAGGCAAAGAAUGCGAGAGUCAAAAUGCCAGAGCAGGAGUACGAGUUCCCUGAGCCUCGAAAUCUCAACAACAACAUGCGGCGGCCCUCCUCCCCGCCGAAGUGGUACUCUCCCAUCAAGGGAAAACUCGAUGCCUUGUGGGUCCUACUAAGGAAAGGAUAUGACCGCGUGUCCGUGAUGCGUCCACAGCCAGGAGACACGGGGCGCUGCAUCAACUUUACCAGAGUCAAGAACAAUCAGCCCGCCAAGUACCCACUCAACAACGCCUACCACACCAACUCGCCGCCUCCUGCCCCCAUCUACACUCCACCUCCCAACAGGGCGCCACCCCCCUCCCGGCCUCCUCCUAGGCCUUCGGUCUAGAACCCAAAGUUCAUGCUCUGGGCUCUCUCAAAAACUUUAGGGAGGAGGCUCCUCUGUGGUGUUAGAACAAGUCUCUCCAGUUAAAGGAGGCUUCUGCUUUGGAAAUGAGUGGUGACAAAGCCCACUAACGUUCACACAUUUUAAAAACUGGUUUAUAAUGCCAAUAUGCCGAAAAUUGUGAUCAGCGGAAAGAAAUCGAAAUGUUGAAAUGCCUGAAAACAAAUGAGAAGGCAACCACAGUCACAAUUAUAGCCAGCCAGCCAUCACCUCUAGAAGGUUCCAGAGACAGUGAAACUGCUGAGAUGCUCUAAAUGGGAUUGUGUCUCAUGGAGACCAAUAAGAAAUCAUUUCUCUGAGGGUGAGAUGAGGAGUCGGAUAAGAAAUAACAUUGCUGAGUUUCUAAAUGCUGCUUUCUCGCCUUCUCUCCAACUCCAUCAUUUAACCUUGGACCCUUGGCCCAGAAACCAAGGAAUCCUCAACCCUGUGCACCACCCAGGAAGGUGGAAACCCUUUGCCUACUCAUUUAGGGAAAGCUUGGAGUAGCCACUGUGGCAAGAAACUCAACAUCAGACAGAUAUCCAAAAGUAUGUCUUACUGGGAUUUUCAGAGGAGUAAAAACACACCAUAUUUUCCUUCCAAACUCUCCCAGUUUCCAAGUGAGGAAGAGAGCAGGUGUUUACUGAUGGAAAAAGGUAUGUUGCCAUGUUGCUGUGUAAGUGAGUCAGGUGUGUGCAUUGAUAAGGGGCAUACUGACGGGAGCAUCAGACAGUUUCUAAAACCCACAGCCAUCAGCAGCUGGUGGCUGGCUUUGGCCUGACAUUGUCCCCUAAAUCAUAGACAAUACAUUGUCAAUGAGCAACCCGUUAAUGAUUCACGGUAAAAAUAUAGAUUGGCUUUGGUUUAAAUCAUUUGAGAUAUGAAGAAGUGAC